ACCAGAUCCACAAGUUCUGAUGUCUUUAUAAGGAUCAGCCUGGGAAUUAAGGCUCAUUUGAGAGCUGUGACAUUCAUCUUGACAAUAGUGAAAGUCCAGCGGUCGAUCCCAUUUUGGCUUCCAACUGGGUACCAUGAGGGCCUGUGUCCCCCUGAUAGUGGCCAUGCUCUGCAGCCUGACCUGGGCUGAGGACCCCAAAGAGCCAGAGGCAUUCUUGGAGCUGGAGGAAGAGGCAGAGGAGGCCCCGGCUAGCAACUUGUACUCAGCACCCAACUCCUGCCGGGGCCGCUGCCAUGAAGCCUUCCACAGGCACCACCCAUGCCACUGCAAUGCCCGCUGCCCAGAGUUUGGGAACUGCUGCAAGGAUUUUGAGAGCCAAUGUGGCCACGAGGGCUUUUCCCGCAGCAGUGAUGCCAUAACCAAGGCGGAGCUGCAGGGCAUCUCUGAGAAGAUCUACAGGGCAGACAUCAACAAAGCCCAGAAGGAAGACAUCGUUCUCAACAGCCAAAACCGCAUCUCGCCCUCCGAGACCAGGGACCAAGUGGACCACUGCCCAGAGCCGCUCUUCACAUAUGUCAAUGAGAAGCUGUUUUCCAAGCCGACCUAUGCAGCCUUCAUCAACCUCCUCAACAACUACCAGCGGGCAACGGGCCGUGGGGAGCACUUCAGUGCCCAGCAGCUGGCUGAACAGGACACCUUUCUCAGAGAGGUCAUGAAGACGGCAGUCAUGAAGGAACUCUACGGCUUCCUCCAUCACCAGAACCGCUACAGCUCAGAACAAGAGUUCGUCAAUGACUUGAAGAACAUGUGGUUUGGGCUCUAUUCAAGAGGCAAUGAAGAGGGGGACUCAAGUGGCUUUGAACACGUCUUCUCAGGUGAAGUCAAAAAAGGCAAGGUCACUGGCUUCCAUAACUGGAUCCGCUUCUACAUGCAAGAAAAGGAGGGCUUGGUUGACUAUUACAGUCACAUCUAUGAUGGACCUUGGGAGUCUUACCCCGAUGUAUUAGCCAUGCAGUUCAACUGGGAUGGCUACUAUAAAGAAGUGGGCUCAGCCUUCAUCGGUAGCAGCCCCGAGUUUGAGUUUGCACUCUACUCCCUAUGCUUCAUCGCCAGGCCAGGCAAAACGUGCCAGUUAAGCCUGGGUGGACAUCCCUUGGCCAUCCAGACCUAUACCUGGGACAAGUCCACCUACGGAAAUGGCAAGAAGUACAUUGCCACAGCCUACGUGGUGUCUUCUACCCGAUAGAGCUUGGAGCCAGAAGGGGGCAUGAAGGCAGUGAGAGCUCUUUUAGGACUGAGGUGCUUUCGGCUCUGGACUGGAGUGGGGAGGAGACUGUGAGGGGU